AUGGAUUCCAAGCUGCUGAAGUCGAUUCUCCCCAAUAAUACAAGAUUCCCCGAGUUCUGUGGUCUCCCAAAGGAUCAUAAGCAGAACCUACCCCUACGACCCGUCGUGUCGGCAUGUGAUAGUCCUGUCACGGGCAUAUCAAUCAUACUGGAACGCAUUCUACACCAGUUGCUAGACUUUGCCCCAGCGCACCUCCCUAAUACGAAUGAAGCCCUUGAUGACAUCUGCACUAUAUUCCCAUAUCUCCAAGCUCCAGAGGAGACAAUUCUUGCCACUUUGGAUGUCGUGGGCCUGUACCCGAGCAUUCCGAUUGAAGAGGGAGUCAACGCAGUGGGAGGAAUAUUGGAACAGCAUGUCAAAAGAAUGAACAUGUUCGGCCUUAACGUGUGCGAAGUCAAGGACUUGCUUCAAUUUGUUCUCACUAACAAUUUAUUCAGAUUCGGGCCACAAAUUUUCCACCAGCUAGAGGGAGUCGCAAUGGGCAAUAAUCUAGCACCACCAUUCGCAAUAUUGUUCAUGCACUCUCUGGAAACGCGCCUUCUUGCCGAUUCACCGGUUCUGCCUGUACUGUACACACGGUACAUUGAUGAUGCGAUCAUUCUCUGGACCCACGGUGAGAAACGCCUCUUGGAGCUAAUACAGCACUUCAAUGCAGGACACGACCGACUCAAGUUCACCUACGAGCUCAGCAGUAGCAAAGGCUGGAUUGAUACAUGGACAUGA